UACUCAGCAGGUGGGUGGCUCAGUACUUAUGACUAUGGCAGCGGAUGAAGCCGCAGGAGCAGCUCGCAGAGCAACAAAGAGCAAGUUGUUUGAGUUCCUGGUACACGGAGUGCGCCCUGGGAUGCCCUCUGGGGCCCGAAUGCCUCAUCAAGGAGCUCCUAUGGGGCCCCCAGGUCCUCCUUUUGGUGGAAGUCCAUCAGUCCGUCCUGGAAUCCCUCCAACCGUAAUGGAACCAACCAGAAAACGAUCGGCACCAACCCAAGUUCAACAAAAUACACCUCCUCAGGGGCGGAGCCGUAGCGCAAAGAGAAGAAAGAUGGCGGAUAAGAUUCUCCCGCAGAGGAUUCGGGAGUUGGUCCCGGAGUCUCAGGCUUACAUGGACCUUUUGGCAUUUGAGAGGAAAUUGGACCAAACCAUAAUGAGGAAACGCGUUGAUAUCCAGGAAGCCCUGAAGAGACCAAUGAAGGUCAGAGGACCGCUGACGCAAAAACGCAAACUACGACUUUACAUUUCAAAUACGUUCAAUCCCGCCAAGCCGGACGCGGACGAUUCGGAUGGAAGCAUUGCCUCAUGGGAGUUACGUGUCGAAGGAAAAUUGCUGGAUGACCCCAGCAAGAUGAAGAGGAAGUUCUCCUCCUUCUUUAAAAGUUUGGUGAUUGAGUUGGAUAAAGAUUUAUAUGGACCUGACAAUCACCUGGUAGAGUGGCACAGAACCCCGAGCACUCAGGAGACGGACGGCUUCCAGGUGAAGCGCCCCGGAGAUGUCAGUGUGCGCUGCACUUUACUGCUGAUGCUGGACUACCAGCCACCGCAGUUCAAGUUGGACCCGCGUCUCGCCCGUCUGCUGGGAAUCCACACCCAGACCCGAGCGAUCAUCAUCCAGGCCCUCUGGCAAUAUAUCAAGACCAACAAACUCCAGGACUGUCAUGACAAGGAGUAUAUCACCGGGGACAAGUACUUCCAGCAGAUAUUUGACUGUCCACGACUGAAGUUCUCUGAGAUUCCCCAAAGACUGACAAACUUGCUCCUUCCUCCAGACCCCAUCGUUAUAAACCAUGUAAUCAGCGUGGAUCCCACUGACCAAAAGAAGACCGCAUGUUAUGACAUCGAUGUGGAAGUAGAGGAUCCUCUGAAGGGCCAGAUGAGCAGUUUUCUGCUGUCCACAGCAAACCAACAGGAGAUCUCAGCAUUGGACAACAAGAUCCAUGAGACCAUUGAAUCCAUCAACCAACUGAAAAUUCAGCGAGAUUUCAUGUUAAGCUUUUCUAGAGAUCCAAAAGGAUAUAUCCAAGAUUGGCUUCUGUCCCAGAGCCGAGACCUCAAAAUCAUGACUGAUGUAGUGGGGAAUCCAGAACAGGAACGGAGAGCCGACUUCUACCAGGAGCCCUGGUCACAGGAGGCGGUCAGCCGCUACUUCUACUGCAAGAUCCAGCAGAGAAGACAAGAAUUGGAGCAAUCUCUGGGGGUUCGAAACACAUAAUUCCAGAACCGCUCGUCCCAGUAUUGGGGUCCUUUAUGGCCCUUACUCCUGACCAAUCCACAAAGGACAAGUACCACGACUCCCCAAUGCCGCCUCGUCCCGGGCUCUCUGCAUGCCUCUCUCUCUCCAACACUUUACUCCUAAGAGACAUUCUUACCGAUACAAUGCUUGAGCUGCCUGAGAAGUGCCAAUCCAUGUUCUAGAAGUAUUACUGACCAUUGUGUAAACAAGGGUCCGGAACCUCAGAACCGAGCCCACAAUGCAUCUGGACUAAGCCGGAGCUGCAAGAGGACAGGGGAGGGACCUUUCCGUUAAGGGUCCUCCAGGCGGCUUACCCCCUCCAGGCAGGAGAGUUACCCCCUCUAGGCAGGAGAGUUACCCUCUCUAGGCAGGCUACCCUCUCUAGGCUGGUGACCCUCUCUAGGCAGGUAACCCCCUCCAGACAGGAGAGUUACCCCCUCCAGGCAGGAGAGUUACCCCCUCCAGGCAGGAGAGUUACCCUCUCUAGGCAGGAGAGUUACCCUCUCUAGGCAGGUGGCCCUCUCUAGGCUGGUGACCAUCUCUAGGCUGGUGACCCUCUCUAGGCUGGAGAGUUACCCUCUCUAGGCAGGUUACCCCCUCCAGACAGGAGAGUUACCCCCUCCAGGCAGGAGAGUUACCCCCUCUAGGCGGGCUACCCUCUCUAGGCAGGAGAGUUACCCUCUCUAGGCAGGUGACCCUCUCUAGGCUGGUGACCCUCUCUAGGCUGGAGAGUUACCCUCGCUAGGCAGGUGCUCCCCUCCAGGCAGGUUACCCUCUCCAGGGGGAUGCAACCUCCAGGCAGGAUACCCUCUUCAGUAUUAUUUUUGUGUAUAUAGGGACAGCAGUCACAUGUCUCCCCCCACAGCGCUGACCGAGAAAUGAAGGGACUCACAACGUUAUUUUCUACAUCAGAAGUGAUUUACGUUUUUACUUUUGUAUAAAAAAAUACAAUUUGCUUUAUAGAAGAAUUUCUUUCCACUCCCGAAAUCUGGCCGGAAGAUUUCCCAAAUAAUCCCCAUCCCCCGAUAACUGGAGGGUGAGAUCCCAAUAACCGGGGAGCGAGAUUCCAAUAUCCGGAGUGAGGUUCCAAUAACCGAGGGCGAGAUUCCGAUAUCCGGAGUGAGAUCCCAAUAACCGAGGGCGAGAUUCCAAUAUCCGGAGUGAGAUCCCAAUAACCGGGAGCGAGAUUCCGAUAUCCAGAGUGAGAUCCCAAUAACCCGGGGGCGAGAUUCCGAUAUCCGGAGUGAGAUCCCAAUAACCGGGGGCGAGAUUCUGAUAACCGGGGAGAGAGAUUCCCAUAUGGAGACCCGUCUGCCUACAGGAAGCAAUCACGAAAGGGACAAUCCCUGGGACACGAUCUGAUAUAUGAAGACGAUCGCUCCCGUAGUCAACAUUCCUGAGUCAAUGCUCAAUGUGUUUAUAAUUGCCCAAAGAUCUGAUCCAAACCCAAAAAGUUCUGUCCAAGUCACCCCUCCCCCACCAGCAUAAAGACCCAAAUGAUGUAAUCCAGACCCAAAAAGCUACGCCCGAGUCACCACCCCCUCCCCACAACAAAGACCCAAAUGAUGCAAUCCAGACCAAAAAAAGGCUCUUUCAUAGCCCCCCCUGCCCCAGUGGGCGAGCUUAUUCCAUGUCUCUCUGGGUUUCCCGGCCAUGUGGGUGAGUGGUCAGCACAGGGUGGGUUAGUGGGGCUGUUAGUUAGAACUGUGCAGGUAGAUAGGACUGUGGUUACCGGUGUAGCUGCUAUGUGUGUAGAGUCACUAAGUGACAUUGAAAUAAAUUCAUUUCUACCAA